GCUGCUGAGACGCGCACACAAGCCUACCCCUAUUUGCCCUCCGCCCCGAGCCGCCUACCCCCCCCCCCCCCCCCCGCCCGCCCGCCUCGCCGGAACCCUAGCCCUCCGCCCGAUCUCCCGAUCGCCCGGUUCGGCGGCCAUCCCGCGGCGCGAUGGACUCCGACGUCGAGACGUCCGCCGCGAGCGACGAGGAGAUGGUAGACGGAGAGAACUACUACGACUACUACAGCGACAUGGGCGAGGGCGACGACGACGGGAUCGGCGGAGAUAGCGACGGGGAGCUGGCGGCCGGCGACUAUGAGGGCCUCGAGGCCGAGGGGAGCGACGAGGUGGUGCCCAGGCGCGAGCAGAGGUUCAUUGUUUUAAACGAAAAAGAUAUAUCUGAACGUCAAGAGGAAGAUAUAAGCAAGGUGACUGCAGUGUUAUCAAUUACAAGGGAAGAGGCAUGUGUUCUCCUUCAUCACUAUAAAUGGGACAUCAGCAAGUUGAAUGAUGAAUGGUUUGUCGAUGAAGAAAAAGUCCGCCAUAUUGUUGGCUUACUUUUGAUUGGAAGUUAUUUUCCUAAAUCCAGGAAGCUAACUUGUGGGAUAUGUUUUGAAGGGUAUUCUUCUGAUAUGAUGAGUUCCACUGGUUGUGCUCAUUUUUAUUGCAAUGAAUGUUGGGAAGGCUAUAUUAGCGCUGCAAUAAGUGGUGGUCCAGGAUGUUUGUCAUUGCGAUGCCCUGAUCCGUCAUGUGGUGCUAUGGUUCUUCAAGGAAUGAUUAAUAAAUUAGCUAAAGAUGAGGAGAAAGAAAAAUAUGCACGAUUUGUCUUACGUGCAUAUGUUGAAGAUACCAAUAAGACUAAAUGGUGUCCAGCUCCUGACUGUACAUGUGCAGUGGAGUUUCUUGGUGACAAGAACUAUGAUGUCUCGUGCAAUUGCAAGUUCAGCUUUUGUUGGAAUUGUACAGAGGAAGCUCAUCGACCAUUGAAUUGUGAGACUGUUUCUAAGUGGGUAUUAAAGAAUAGUGCAGAAUCUGAAAACAUGAACUGGAUACUUGCUAAUUCCAAGCCCUGUCCAAAAUGCAAACGGCCAAUAGAGAAAAACCAGGGAUGCAUGCAUAUGACUUGCACCCCUCCUUGCAAAUUCGAGUUCUGCUGGUUAUGUCUGAGUGCAUGGUCAGAACAUGGAGAGAGAACCGGCGGCUUUUAUGCUUGCAAUCGAUAUGAAUCAGCAAAGAAGGAGGGAGUUUAUGACGAGACUGAAGCAAGGAGGGACAGGGCUAAAAACUCACUUGAGAGAUACAUGCAUUAUUAUGAGCGCUGGGCAUCCAAUCAGACAUCUAGGCAGAAGGCACAAGCGGAUCUGCAUAAAGCGGAAAAGGAACAACUUGCAAAGUUAACUGAUGUUUUUGGAAUACCAGAGACCCAACUAAAGUUCAUAACCGAAGCUUGGUCACAGAUUAUAGAAUGCAGGCGAGUGUUGAAAUGGACGUAUGCUUAUGGCUAUUAUCUAGAUGAUAAGGUCAAGAGUGAAUUUUUCGAGUACCUGCAAGGUGAAGCUGAGUCUGGUUUGGAGCGUCUUCAUCAAUGUGCUGAGAAAGACUUGCAAGCUUUUUUACCUUUGAAACCUGAAUACAAUGAAUCACCUUCAUUGGCUGAAUUUGGUGAUUUUCGGGUGAAGCUUGCUGGGCUCACAAGUGUAACUCGGAAUUACUUUGAGAACCUUGUUCAAGCUUUGGAAGCUGGGUUAGAGGAUGUCCGCUCUAGUGGCCAGGCUGCUACAUCAAGCAAUGCCACCAGCUCCAAGAAAGCAGGAACUAAAUCCAAAUCGUCCAAGAGGCAGCACGUUAGGCCAUCUUCAGAUCACUCUGAAGAUGGCUGGCCUUGCGAGCGCUGCACAUAUCGGAACCCUCCUUCGGUGGAUGUGUGCAACGUUUGUGAAAACAGUAGGUGAUGGAUAGAGAACAGCUCGAAGGGAGUACCCCAAGAAGCUCAAAGCUCAGGAGAAGAGCGGGGUGCUUAAACUUUUGAUCCUGCAUUGGAUGCCGAGAAAGCUGAGCUUCCAACAGCUGCAAUGGUGUACAGAGAGUUAUUGAAGGGCCUCGGUUGCAAAUGGAGUUGGAGGCUGAAAGGAGGAUAGAUGUGUGGGGGUCCUGCUAGUUUGCAUGCUAGCCCGUAUGUUGUUACUACUUGUAAAUAUUAAUUAUGACGUGGUAAUAGUUGUGUUACUGUGGUGGGUUUCCUCUUCUGACCGACCAUUGAAAUUGGGAGGUAGCUCAUUUAUUCCCCCAAAAUGUAACAGGGCUUUUGUAUUUAAGGACUUAAGUAUGGUUGCUUAGAGUGAUGAUGUAAAUUUCAACGACGAACAGUGCGUGAGCUUUGUGUGUCCCCUAAAAGAUGUGCAAAAAUUGUCAUCUCGAUGGUACGAUCAA